ACUGCAACUGCCACUGCCACCUGUGAAGUCAUGGAGCAAAAGACGUUUCUGAGCGACUUUCUGGACGGUGAGGGUGAGAAUUUAAGCGUCAUCAGGUCUACUGAUUAGGUACAACCUCCAGACUCGCUUUGCCAUAACAGACGUCAUCCGUGCUGGUUAUGGGGGACGAGGACGCCCCACCAGCCACGGCGGGGCCAAGCGAUAAGCAGAAGAGGCCCAGCUACUUCAACCCGAAGCCCCCCGCUAUUGUGCCCGCACUCAUUGCGUGCCACCCGCAUGCGCCGAUUGUAGUGGUGGCCAUUGGGGCAGCAUUGCGGGUGCUCAAUUAUGAGACCGGUGAAGCGCUUUUGCUAUCAGACGCCACCAUUCCUCGCCGCCACCGGGAGGCCAUCCGAGCCAUUGCUUUUCACCCAUCGGGCGCCUUGUUUGCUUCCGGCGGGGACGACAAGCUUGUCAAGGUCUGGGACACUGCCACCUGGACCUGCCGCAAGACCGUGUCAGGGCCCAAGAAAAUAAGCAGCGUAGUGUUCAGUGCGGAUGCCCGCUGGCUGUGCUUCUCCGACAAGUACGGCAUCGUCCAUGUGACCUCCACAGGCGGCCCCGGAGAUGCUGUGGACAGCGCGGAGGCGGGCAUCAAGCAGCUGCUGGCGCACUGCAGCAGCAUCAUCACCAGCCUGGCUAUGUCCCCUGAUGGGCGCUUCAUUGCAAGUGCCGACCGGGACUACAAGCUGAGGGUGAGCGUGUUCCCCGCCACCCCCCUGGCCGGUGCCCCGGAGAUCCAGUCCUUCUGCCUGGGCCACACCUCGUACCUGACCGCCGCCCUCUUCCUGCCGGGCGGCCUCCUCGUAUCUGCUGGCGGGGACGGCACCCUGCGCCUCUGGCAGCCACAAAUGGGAGAGCUGCUCCAGACGCUACGCCUGGCGGGAGAACAAGAGAUCGCCCCCGUGGAGUCGGUGAUGAGCCUGGACGAGGGCGACUCCGCCUCAGAGAGCAGCGGGCGCGCCAUUGUGGCCCUGGCCCUCGCCCCAGAUGGCGUCAGCCUGGCAGCGGCGCUCGAGGGCUGUUCGGAGGUGGUGUUUGUGCACAUGGUAGGGGAGCCCCCCGCCCUGGUGGUCGCUCAGCGGCUGAGCCUCGGGGGCCGCGCCCCGCCGACCAGCCUGGCCUUUGAUGCGGGGGGCCGCGUGUGGAGAGUGGCCGGCGCUGUGCAGGAGAUCGAGACGGGGGACGCCGUAGUUACGGAGGAGGCGCUGGCGGCCAAGGAGGCUGCCGCAGCCGCUGCGGCUGCAAGCGCGGCCGUGCAGGUCGAGCUGCUGCAGCGCCGCGAGACAGGGGUCAGCGCGAGGGAGCGGAGCGCGGAGCCAGUGGGGCAUGGAGCAGGCGAGGAGGCGGCGUCCGCAGCAGCAGUCUAUGAAGUGGGGGAGCUGCCUGGCGGGAGCGCAGCCCAGGGUGUACUAGAAGGGAGCCAAGCGGAUGCGCAAGCGGCGGCGGAGGCAGCAAAAGCGGCGACAGAAGCCAUGCGGAAUUUGUUGGGCAAAAGGAUGUACACCGAGGCUGAGAAGAUUGAUAGGAAAAGGAACAGGAAUGAUCAAAAACCUCCACGAGGCAAGUCUUGACAGGCUGCCGGAUGUUGUUAUCGAUGGCAAUGGUAGGUCGAGCUGUUGCCAGGGUCUUUUUGCAAAAGCUGCCACGACUUUUCGCAACACAAGUUGCUACAACACAACCAUGAGAAGCCUAUAUGACCGCAUGCACUGGUUAAGGCGUGCAAAAACAGACCGGACCAUCAAGGUUGUACGUACUGAUUAUACUUGCAG